UGGUCGGUUAUCAUUCCGAUUUUAAAUUUGAGUAUUCGUAUUCGAACCUCGAUGCUAACCGGACGGAUGUGACGGCCAUUUUUAUUUCUGUUUUCUUUUUAAUUUUUUAGGCUUAAGAAUUUAUGUUUACAGCCUAAAGUGUUUUUAUAAGUGAUGAAUUAAAAUUAAAAUUUUGUGAAUUGUUUUUGUGAUCAAGCUAUAAAGGAUUUGUGGUUACCUUAUAUGUAAUGUUGGAAGAAGGACCUAAUUUCAAGAAGAUGAUAAAAUAGAACAGUGACGGUUCAAUAAAAGAUUUUCUAAAUCCAAGAUGGCGGAAAACGAAGGUCCUGUGACGAUAGACGAUCUGCCCAUCGCGUUCCAAGUGAAGUACCUCGGGCAGAGCGACGCUCGAGGGUUGUGGGGCAUCAAACACACGAGACGACCUGUCGACCUCAUGGUGGCUGCUGCCAAGGCUCUACCUCCAGGCCAAAUCCUGCCAAUAGUCAAACUCCUAAUAUCAGUCGACGGCGUAUUCCUAGAAACAGUCAACACUAACAAGAAGGAAGAGUUCGAGCAUAUGUCUGUCUUCUUCAACAUCGAGAGCAUCAGCUAUGGCGUCCAGGACCUGGUCUACACCAGGGUCUUCUCCAUGAUAAUUGUCAAGGAUGCGGCUGACGGGAAAGGGCUGAACCCUUUCGAAUGCCAUGCCUUCGUUUGUGAGUCCAGGAAUGCGGCCCGGAGACUCACGUACUCCCUGGCAGCAGCGUUCCAGGACUACUCCAGGAGAGUCAAGGAGAUGCAGACCUCACCAGAUGGAUUCGAAAGACCACCAAGACUAAAGAAGAAAUUCGCCAUAGACCUGAGAACCCCGGAAGAAAUAGAAGCGGACCUGGAAACUGAAGCCUGAAGGCCGAAACCAUAGACCUAAAUAUUAUAAAAAAACCAAAAUAAUGAUGUCGAUUCUGAUGGCAGAAAUUCUAAUUUAAAGCUGUCAAACUAUAUUUUUUCGAGCAAAAAGUAAGAUAUAUGAAAAGGCUAAGAGAGACGAAUUUUAAACAAAGCAUUUGAAAACAUUAAAAUUAGAAAUUGUGCCUUCUGAAACGACAUCAAUAAGACAUUAAGCAUAGAAUUAUGGGUCGAUUACACCUAACGAGUACAGUGGUGAGACAGUAUCCUAGGCCGAUCCUCGACCGAUGAACGGCUAGCAAGUGACCGAGCGCGCGGCCGAGGACACUGACUCGCCACUGUACUCGUUAGGUGUAAUCGACCCAUUAGGCCUAGCACUCAUACCAAAAAAAAAUAUUUAUGCUUAAAUAAGUUAGU